AUGCUGAUGGUGCUGCUGGUGCUGCUGCUGGUGACGAGGGUGCUGGUGAUGACGAUGCUAUUGCCGCUGCUGCUGCUGCUGCCACUCCACAAGAGUUGGCCGCCGGUGUUGCCUCGGUGCCCCCCCUCGUUGCUGCUGCUGGCAACGUCUCUGGCCAUGGGUCUGUUGAGCGCGAGCUUGCUGCUAGCGAGAGGACCACCGAGGAUGUCAAUGAGGACGAGAGCAUGGACGAAUAUGGCGUUAGCGGUGACGAUGAUAUCGCUGGUGACGGUUUCGUGUGCGAGAACUGCGAGACCGCAGACGCGAGGGACGGUGACGUUGGUGGUGUCGCCCCGAUGGCUGUGGAAGCUUCCCAGGCAGAUGAUGAGAAUUGACCGUGAGUUUACCAGACUUGAGGGGCGCAACCACAGCGAGUCAGUGGCAGCGGGCGUGUAGCGGCAACCUCAGCGGGAAGGAGAAACGGCGGCAGCAGCUUCGGCCGAGGGUGGCGGCAGCAGGACCCUCGAAGAAGUAUUCUCAGCAGUGUAUCAAGUUGCUAUGCGUGUCGACACGUUUCCUUUUGCCAGUUUGUGCGCAUCGAAUGUGACGAAUCGACUCGAUAACUCGAAGCACAUAGGCCCAACAGCAGGUGCGGACAAUUUUGGCGCCAGUAUUUCAGGAGGCCGGUGAGGAGCGAGCCUUCCGCUGCUCCUUGUACCAGUAGGUUAAUCGAAUUUUGAAUGUCUACACGGUACUUUGAUGGGGCAGAUGUGCGCGUCUCUUGCUUUCGUCAGCAUCGACCGCACUAGCCGGCCAGCGAACCAAAGGACGCCAGUCUUAGGCGGGCCAGGUUUCCCAGACCGCGAACUCCUUCGAGGGGAGGGACACGGAGGAGACUGUGCGUCAGGGCCCAGCGCGAGGUUGGUUGUGCUUUUUUGUGCGUGCGUGUGGGGGAGUGGGGGGGGGGGGGGGGGGGGGGNGGGGGGGGGGGGGGGGGGGGGGGGGCGAUGUCUGCGGCUGCGUCUUGCCGAUGGUAGACUAUCAUGUUGCGGAUGAUUUGCUGCUUGUUUUUCUGGGAUUAUACUUUUCGUUCGGGUGUUAAAGUAGUGUUGAGUGGCCUUCGAAAUAGUCAUGAUGAUGUCGCGGUGAUUGUUCCGGUGGUGACGUGCGGUAAUCUCAGCUCGAUCAGGCAUGCCUGAAUUUUUGCAUGAGAGCCCCUUUCU